AGUAAGCUCCCAGCCGCCUCUGCUCCCAACGUACUCGCAUCUUACACACAAGCAGAAGGCGCCGUAGGAGAAAGCUUAUAAAUAGGUGUCAUCUCUCCUUGGCCGCGUGUUUCGUGUCCCUUCACCCAGGCAGCGAAGGAACCACUGCAGCCAUGCCUCAAACCGUGUUGGUGAGCAUCCGUGGUGGCAGUAAACGUGACAUAUGUACAGAUUCGUGGGCGGUACGUGUCCACCAACAAACCUAUAUUCCUGGGGGUGCUUACGGUCGUCAUGGCCAUCAUCUCCGGCAUCAACCUGGGCGUCGGCAUCAACACUAGCUGCUGGGAGUAUGACACAUAUUGCGAGACCCAGAGGAAGGCGUGGAUCAUCUCAGGCUCCUGCUUCGCUGUGUCUGCAUUCUUCUUCCUGGUUGGCGCCAUAUCACUUCACCUCAAGAUCAAGCAGGCACUCAAGAGACACGCCGAAGUCCUCGCUCAGCAGGGCGCCCCGCCUAUUCACCAAACCACCGGCGCCUACCCGACGGUGGUGAUGGCGGCUCAGUACCCGCCGACCCAGCCGUACAAUCCUGCGGCUAUCGGGUUUGUGGUCACCCCGCAGGCCCCGCCCAUCGCUUCCUAUCCAGGGGAACAAGAGCAGCAGCAGCGGCCGCCCCCUUACUCCCCAUAGUGAUCCUUGACAGUGAUCUUAAAUAUUUGUGUUAUGUUAUGUCAGCCAACUUAUGUCAGCCAGUUUUUUCUCAGCCAAUUAGAUCAGCCAACUUAUGCCAGCCAACUUAUGUCAGCCAAUUCAAGUCGCCUCCAAGAUGAAACAUUUGAACAGUUGACGGAAACUUUUAAAGGAAAAAAAAAAAGUGACAGCUAGUUAAGUUUCAUUCCUACUUGAAAUUUUGUUGUAUUUUAUCUUCUACGAUUCAUGUCAAGAACGUCACUGGUGUUGACGUAUGUACUACCCUGUCACACCUACACUAACACACUUCUCCCCUCCACACAUACCCUGUCUCAUGUCUCGCUACACCUGUCCUACUUCACCUGCCCUGCCACACCUGCCCUGCCACACCUGAUCUACCACACAUGUCACGUUACACUUGCUCACGAUUGAUAUUCGAUAAGCAGUGGUUUACUACUUUUUGAAUUGAGUGUUACUACUACUACUAUUUCUACUACUACUACUACUACUACUACUACUAACACACAGACACACAGACACCAAAUCUCAACUCUCCUCUUGGUGCUUCCUGUAAAUUAUUCAUUAAAUUAGUGAAACUA